CAAAGUUUGCUUUGAUUAAUUUGCUUUUCGUACAUUGUCAAUUGAUAGCGUACGAUUUAUUAAGGCUUACUCUGACAAACGAGCUUUACUUACAGUGAAUUUCAGUAUUUAUUGUAGGUUUAUUUAACAUUUCUCAUAUUUAAGUGUACGGAAAUUAACCCCUCAUGUUAUUUACCGUACUCGGAGUAAUUGCUCUCUUCCUGAGAGAAAGAACCAUCAAGUCCACCGUCUCAGGUCAAGAUGAAAGCAUCGACCGUCAAGGACUGGUCACGGUACCCUCCGUGGCCAACAGUGAUGGUCGACAAAUCGGUGACUGGUGUGAAGAAUCAUCUUUGCAUCUGGAGGAACAGAUCAAUGUUCAGACUGAGGAACCAUCACUGGAGGAACCUGUUGAUGGUCAGAGUGAAGAACCAUCACUGGUAGAGCCUGACAGUGUUCACGGUGAAGAUCCAUCACUGGUAGAGCCUGACAGUGUUCACGGUGAAGAUCCAUCACUGGUAGAGCCUGACAGUGUUCACAGUGAGGACUCGGCCAGCUCCUCCAGCAGUGAUGAUGUUUCUCCAAACCUUUUCUACGCUGAGUCCAGCAGUAGUGAUGACUACCCUCAAGAGAUUUACUCAGCCGGAUUCAACUGUAGUAGUGAGCUCACAGUCAGCUCCUACAGCAACUUCUUCUCUGCCGAGUCCGGCUGCGGUGAUGACGCCUCUACAGAUUUUCUGUCCGCUGAGUCCGGCUGUGGUGAUGACGCCUCUACAGACUUUUUGUCUGCUGAGUCCGGCUGUGGUGAUGACGCCUCUACAGACUUUUUGUCUGCUGAGUCCGGCUGUGGUGAUGACCCCCCUCCAAAUGUGGUCUCUGCUAAGCCCGGCUGUAGUCAUGAUGACCCUCCAAAUGUGGUCUCUGUUGAGCCCGGCUGUAGUCAUGAUGACCCUCCAAAUGUGGUCUCGGCUAAGCCCGGCUGUAGUCAUGAUGACCCUCCAAAUGUGGUCUCGGCUAAGCCCGGCUGUAGUCAUGAUGACCCUCCAAAUGUGGUCUCUGUUGAGCCCGGCUGUAGUCAUGAUGACCCUCCAAAUGUGGUCUCUGUUGAGCCCGGCUGUAGUCAUGAUGACCCUCCAAAUGUGGUCUCUGUUGAGCCCGGCUGUAGUCAUGAUGACCCUCCAAAUGUGGUCUCGGCUAAGCUCGGCUGUAAAGAUGUUGGUAAAGGGGCAUCCUGUCAGACAGAGGGCGCUGUUUCACCUCAGCCAGAAGAGCAGAAGGAUAAAGACACACACAUUAUUGAGAUCAACUCACAGCACUAUGAAAUUGGUGCUGAGCUGGGCAAAGGAGGCUUUGGAACCGUUUUCGCAGCGACCCGUUUACAAGAUGGCCUUCGGGUGGCAGUAAAAAUUGCAGAUUUUAAGGCUAAGCGAUACAUCCGUGUUGAUGAUUUUGACCAGCUACUUCCAGCGGAGAUCGCUCUGCACUUUCUUGCCACUAAAGGCCCCGAGGUUAAAGAACUCGUUCAGCUUCUGGACUGGAAGGUGGAGGCUGAUCGCUACUUUAUGGUCCUAGAGCGGCCCACACCCUGUGUGAGCGUACGAGAAUUUUUAAGAGAACACGAAGACAGAAUCGAAGAGGAGGUAAUACGGAAAAUCAUGUACCAGGCAACAAUUGCAGCUGACACCUGCCUCCAACGUGGAGUGCUUCACCGCGAUAUCAAGCCUGGCAACUUGCUGAUUAACCCACAGACCUAUGAAGUCAAACUGAUUGACUUUGGUUGUGGUGAACUCCUUACUGACGGCUUUUACAAAGAGUACUGGGGUAUGUAAAUCCUUCAAAGCUCUACAGAGCUCUUGUGAUGGGUCAAGGGUCAUUCACAUGGGACUCUUGAAACAUUCACUGUUGUUUAUCUAUACCAGGGGUGCCACAGCUCAGUCCUAGAGGGCCGGUGGCCUACAGAGUUUAGCUCCAACUUGCUUCAACACACCUGACAGAAAAUGACUAGUGUACUUAGUAAGAGCUUGAUUAGCUUGUUCAGGUGUGUCUAAGUGGGGCUGGAGCUAAACUGCAGGACACAGAUCCUCCAGGACUGGGUUUAGUCACCCCUGAUCUAUACUGUUGUUUACAUUUUCAGAGGGAAAUUUAGAUGUUGUGCUAAUGAAAACAAAAUCUCUUUCUUUCAGGCACAAUGAAGUUCAGCCCUCCCGAGUUUAAAAAGAAUGGCUAUUACUACGGAGAGCCAGCAACAGUGUGGUCACUCGGGCUUCUUCAGUUUUUGUUAAUGUUAAAAAAAUAUCCAGGCAAGCAUGACCUCCGCAGGAUGAAAAACAAAGAUCUUUACCAAUAUGGAAGGUCAGAAGGUGAGAUCUCCACUUCAGCUAAAGAUGGUUAUGUAGGACAUUUUGAACGUCAAUGAAAAAAGCAUGUAUAACUUUAAAGUAAUAAUUAAAUGUAUCUCUUCCUUUUUUUCUACACAGAAUGCUGUGAUUUCAUCAGCUGUUGUCUGCAGCCUUGGCCCUGGUCUCGGCAUAAGCUGCAUGUACUCCGUGACCAUGCCUGGUUUAAGGUAAUGAACAGACUUUAAGGAUUUUGUCAUCAGUUAAAUGAAUCUGUCAUGAGCUGAGUUUCCAUUAUAAUGUGAAGCACAUCUUUUCAAAGUUCACUAAAUAUAUAUUUUGUAAUUAUAAAUGUGAAUUAUGAGCAAAUGAUUUCCAUCAAGUUGGUCGAGCAGCUGAACUGUAGUAUUGGUAACCUCGUA